AUGGCCGAGGAACAGGAAGGUUGGGUUGUGAGCUACAACGAUGAGACGAAGAUCCGGCUGGAGAGGCGCGAGACGGCUGCAGGGCCCGUGGGCAUGCGAGCACACAAUCACUUCGAGAAGAAUGCCCUCAUCAGCUCCAAGGCCGGCCUUCGGGAAACGAUGGUGGGCUACUACACGAGCCACGGCCGCGACCCGUUCGGCGCCAUCCCGCUGACCUUUGUGGUGCGCACGGGAUCUUGCGACCCUGAGUUUGCACGAUGGCUCGAGAGCUUUGAGGAGCUCAGAGCCAAGAAGGAAAGUGUCUGGCUGGUGAAGCCGGGGGACAAGGCAAAUCAGGGAAAGGGCAUCGUCAUCUGCGACAGCGUGGAGGAGGUCAGGGAGGCCAUUGAUAGCAAGAGCCGGUCCUGGGUAAUCCAGAAGUACAUCGAGAAGCCAUUCUUGAUCCAUAAGCGGAAAUUCGACAUCCGAUCAUAUUGCCUCCUGGCCCAGGAUCCCGCAGGCGUGUUGCAUGGCUACUUCUACAGACAGGCAUACCUCCGCACCACCAGCAGCAACUUCACCUUGGCAACCAAAGACCGCUUCGUCCACCUGAACAACGAUGCAGUUCAGAAGCAUGGCGACAGCUAUGGCAAGUAUGAGGCUGCCAACAAGAUGUCACUGUCGGAGUUCCAACUCUACCUCGACGCUCAUCAUGGGCGUGAUUGCUUGAGUAUUCACAGCGGUCUCCUUCCGCAGAUGAAGGCUCUGAUGGCGGACACGCUUCGUGCUGCUGGCAACAAGAUCAAUCCGCACAGCAUCCAGCACUGCUUCGAGGUCUUUGGCUUUGACUUCAUGGUGGACGAAAACUUUCGCGUUUGGCUCAUCGAGGCACUGGCUGAGGGUCUUGCAGGAAUGUCACUCCUCGGGUCUGGGGGGGGGCGGCUUAACUUUGGAGUCUAUGUCAAUCUAAGUUUCCUUUCUUCGUACAUGACAUGCUCCGUCACGCAAGAUGGGGGUAAUGCUGCUGACGCAGGAACAACCGCACGCCUGCAGUCAGAUGUUGCGGGCGUGGAUUAG